CCCAGCUCACGGGCACCGUGCCCCGAACUGUUUUCUUUUUAGAUUCUGAAGAGCGCCUUGAGGCCAGGGAAGGGAGUAGAUCCUACCAGCCCGGGGCAGGGACUCGGACCCCCGGGACCCGCGCUGACGUAGGCGAGCCGGGCGCCACCGGGUGCCCCUUCCCCCUCCCCCCGGCGGGUUGGAGCAUGGGCGGUCAGCCCCAGGCUAGCUAGCGCCUGCCUGGGGCUUCCUAUUUCGGGAGCGGGGUGUGGGCCACGCCCCGUCACGUGAUGCAAGGGCCUUUUAAAGCUGCAGCGCGGGCUGGGAGCCGCAGGUCCCGGAAUCCUUGCACGCGUGCUCUAUCGUCUCUUUCUCAGCCUAGCCCAGCCUCACCAUGGUGGACGCCUUCGUGGGCACCUGGAAGUUAGUGGACAGCAAGAAUUUCGAUGACUACAUGAAGUCAAUCGGUGUGGGUUUUGCUACCAGGCAGGUGGCCAACGUGACCAAGCCUACCACAGUCAUCGAAGUGAACGGGGACACAAUCACCAUAAAAACACAAAGCACAUUUAAGAACACGGAGGUCAGCUUCAAGCUGGGAGUGGAGUUCGAUGAGACAACAGCAGAUGACAGGAAGGUCAAGAUGGGGGCUUAUGUGGACAUGGCUGUGACCUCGGGUGCUUUAGGAACAAUGCCCAGAAGUCAAGGUCCUCCACCGAAAGGUCAUCCUGGCCUUCAGGAGCCAAGGAGACAGCUGGGGACAAGAGCUGCUCCCAAGGAGAGGAGAGGGUCUAAUCUCCUCCCUGUGGAGGAAGCUGGAGCCCAGCCCAGGAUCAUACAGGAAGCUGGCAGCAGAGAUGGGAUGGUACCCAAAGAUGGCAGCCUACCUUGGAGAGAGUCCAUUGUGACGCUGGAUGGAGGCAAACUCGUCCACGUGCAGAAGUGGAACGGACAAGAGACAACACUUGUGCGGGAAGUAGUUGCUGGGAAACUCAUCCUGACACUCACCCACUGCAAUGCAGUUUGCACUCGCACUUACGAGAAAGGGGCAUGACCUGCCCACUCCCUCAACAACUCCUCCUCUGCCAGUUGGCUACUCCUGGACUCAGCACCAGAUUGACUCAUUUUUUUUCCUUUGGCAUUUUGUAUAAAUCCACCUUGAUUGGGGAAAUUCUCCUGGGGUCAGGUGGCACCAGCCUGGAUCCAGUUCUGUUCUCAUUGUGUAUGUUUGUUUUUUUAACUGCACCCAAAGGGUGCUCUGAGGUCAAUAAAGCAGCACCUAGGCCACCCAGUUGCCUUUUUGCUUUUGGUGACAUGA